AUGCCUUCAGCACUAGCACAACUGAUUCCGGCCAUUCCACAGGAACCUGCUCCGACACCGAAGACUGUGUGUCGGGAUGCUGCAGCACAAGCGGAUAUUGUGGUUUUGGUCCAACCUUUUGCGGCUCAGGAAAUUGCACAAGCACUUGUGAUGCUGUCGCCCAGUGCGGUCUGUCCAGCCUAUGCUUCAAGUGAUAGCUACGACUGCCCUCUGAACGUGUGCUGCUCACAAUAUGGCUUUUGCGGCACGACCUCCGAAUUUUGUGGAACUGGGUGUAUAACAGGAUGUGAUGCAGUUGAGGAACCCUCAUGCUCAGGUUCCAGCAGCGACGCUCGGGUGAUCGGUUACUAUGAAAGCUGGUCCUAUGACCGCAAAUGUAACGCCUGGUCCCCAGAAGACAUCACUGUGGGCGUCUGGACUCACCUCAACUACGGGUUUGCCCUGAUUGGAUCCGAUUACCGCAUCUCCCAAAUGAAUUCCUUCGAUGAGGAGCUGUACCCUCGUUUCACCAACUUGAAGUCAUCUUCAACUGGGCUGCAAGUAUUCAUUUCUGUCGGUGGAUGGGAUGCUGGUGGUUCCAUCUGGUCCGAUAUGGUCAGCACGGAGGCAAACCGCGCGGCAUUCAUCGAUUCAGCGAUUUCAUUUAUGAAGACUUAUGGAUUCGACGGCAUUGACCUCGACUGGGAGUAUCCUGCUGCCAGUGACCGUGGAGGAGCUGCAGCUGACACUGAUAACUUUGUGACUUUCUUGAAAGAGCUGAAAGCCGCCUGCGGCAGUAAAUAUGGCAUUUCAGCCACUUUGCCAUCAUCAUACUGGUACAUGCAGGGCUUCGAUGUUGUGGGCAUGGAGCCGUAUGUCGACUGGUUCAACUUUAUGAGUUAUGAUAUCCACGGCACAUGGGAUGGAGCGAAUCCGUAUACGUCGGCCGUUGUGCAGCCACAUACUAACUUGACGGAAAUUACUGAGGGUCUGGACCUUCUCUGGCGGAACGAUAUCAGCCCCUCCAAGGUGGUUCUAGGAGAGGCUUUCUAUGGUCGCUCCUUCACGCUUUCGGAGACCUCGUGUACCGAGCCUGGCUGUCCAUUCAGUGGCGGUGGUACGGCGGGCAAAUGUACGGCGACUUCAGGCAUCCUCUCGAAUGCCGAGAUUCAGCAAAUCAUCUCGGACAACGACCUCACCCCCACGCUGCUGAAAGAGGCGGCGGUCAAAUACAUCACCUGGGAUAAAAACCAAUGGGUGUCGUAUGACGAUGAAGAGACCCUCGAAAUGAAGAGAAAAUACGCCAACGACAAAUGUCUGGGCGGCCGCAUGGUUUGGGCAGUGGAUCUAGACGAUGUCGACACAAAGGAAUCGGUAUCAGACCUUACGCUGUCAGGUCUUAGCUCCAUUGGCGAUGAUGUGACUAUCAACCGCGCGUAUGGGCUCUCGAAACUCGCUUCCACAACAACGCAGAACAGUGUCAAUCUCAUGGCAUACUGGUCUGACUGCGCGGCUGAGCCUCAAUGUGAGGCUGGUUAUACAUCUUGGACAUGGGGACACGGUCGGGUAUUCGAUAUAGAUACAGGAGUUUACAGCGGUAUGGGCUGCCACGGUGGUGGAACAGGGUACAAUCGCGCUUUUUGUGUCGAAUCUGAUGUCCAGCUCAAUAAUUGCUUCUGGGUUGGCACCCCCAAAGACUGCAAACAGCAAUGUCCCUCUGGCAUGACUUUACUCACCCAGAAUACACACAUAGCUGGGUUCAAAACCGGAUGCAAGAAUGGGCAUUUCUCCAGUUUCUGCUGUGAAUCCAUCACGUCCAACUCCCUCAUCAACUGUGGACAGACAAAUAUUGACAACCUUCUCACCGGCGGGCUGGGAAUCCAGCGCAAGUCCAGUGGAUACACACUUCCGGACUCUGUCAAAGAGGCUGCACAGCAGUGUUUUGAUGACGACACAGAGUCGCUGAGCAUGAUCCGUGCUGGAAAUUAUAUCAUGAACAACGUCCCGGGAUACUGGACUGGUGAUGGCAAAUUUUCGGCCGUGAAUAACAUAGUUUACUCCUCCGCCAGUCAGUCCAGCUGCACCACUACUGUCACUGUCGAGACAACCGUCACCAGCGUCACAGACACCCCAAAGACUGUGACCUGUGAUGCAGACAAUUUUGAUCAGCCUUGCCGUCACUACUGGUCUGUCAAUUCGCGACAAGGAUAUGACACAAUCGUGUGUCCAGUUAGCAAGAUGAGCGCCCGAAAGGCACCCGCGGCUUGGGACAGACAGCAUACAUCCUCCUGGAGAUGGUGGGUCCCUAAUCUUGCCAAUUCGCUGGGUACCAACAAAUGUGACCGCGAUGAGUGGCCACCAGCAGCAUUCAUGGAGCAAAGCGGCUCACCUUAUGUGCAAUGGAUCCGAUUUGUGCCUUCAUCGGCCAACCGCAAAGCAGGCCAGCUCUGGAGAGGAGUCUGUGGCAAACCAAAGAAGCAGACCAAGUGGGAAGGAGGCCCAAUCAGCGGUGGCACCUGCACAACAGUCAAAUCGGUCAUCUAUACAGUAAAUGCGAUGAGCAUGCACUUCAAGAACAUCUUUAGUGAUCCAGGUCUCAGUUCAAAUCCCUGUCUGCCUAUUAUCACUGAUGAUCCCGGAUUCGCUCUGUUCACGCAAGAUCAAUGGUAUGGAGAUAAUGUUUUGGCGGGUUACGAUUCGGCUGCAUAUAAAUACGAUCCUGUCUCUUCCUUGACUGCGGGACAGACUAUGCCUCGGGGCUGGUGGAGUGGAAUAGCGAAGCGCUCGGAUCCAGAAGAUGAGAAUAAGUGGGGAGAAUUGGAGACUGAGAUUUUCGAGGCUUUGGAGGAAGUUGCAGAAGACAGUUAUAUUCCCGUGCAGAAGAUGGAUUUUGACCCCGAGAAAGUCGUUGUCAACGAGGGUAACUCAAGUCGCUAUGCUACUCCUCAGGAGCUGUGGGAGGAAUUGGGUCUGCUCAAGUGUCGUUCGCACAAUUGCGAGACAGAAAGAGCCGCUGUUGGCCACUACGAUGCUGAGGAGAUCCAAAGUCAGAUGGCGAUUCCCACUGGCCAAGAUUUGUCGAUUCAGACCCCUUCACCAAGUGCCUCAAGAUUGAACCCUGCGUCUGGUCCGAGCAUCGCGCUGGGUCCCAGGGAAACCGGAAGAACAUAG